AUGAAUGCAUCCGUCUUCGUCACCAAGGCAACGGAUGAUGAUGGAGCGAAGCGCGAGAGGAGAAAGGGCACUUACACCAAGCAAGAUAUCGUGGAUAAUCAGACAGUUCUCAUCAGUAUAUGGGAUACAGUUCACGAGGAUACUGAAAGUCUGACACGCUACAUCAACUGGGCCGAUUGCCUCGUCAUCGUCUACAGCAUCACGAGCAAGCAGAGUUUCAGCCAGGCCAAAGAACUUCUCCAGGAGCUCUCAGACUCCCAGAAGGCCAGGAAUGCACACGAGCUCCCCAUCGUGUUGCUAGGCAACAAGAACGAGAUGGAGAGAUACAGGCAAGUCAGCAAACUGGACGGAAGUGCCCUGGCAACACAGUACGCCUGCACCUACCACGAAGUCUCGUCUGCCGGGGAUUACGAGGAUGUCGAACACGUUUUUCACGAGACUGUCCGCGAGAUCCGGCGAGAAGCUGAACGACACGUGCCUCUCAAACCGCUCUUCAUCGAGGAGAAAUCGGUUACCGCAACGGACACUGGAAGCGCGAACGCAAACGCGCAUGGGCACCACGGUGCAAGGACAAAGAUGACCGCGCCCAAGGCGCCACGUGUUGUACCGAAAAGGACGGUUUCGAGUUUCAAAUUCUUCAACAAAGGAUUCAAGAUAUUUUCCCAAUGAUCGGUGCCUGUUUAGAAGAGAGAGUUUUGACUGGAGUUUAUACAGAGAUUAUUAUAUUUUGCGCAUAAGUAUGCCUUAUGUGAAGUGGAGCAUAGGAUGAAACUGAAAUAGUGUCUUGAAGGAGUUGAAGCGACGUGGAAUCAUGAGCAGGGAAAUAUAAAGAGCCUUAAUAUCAUCUGACCGAGCAACUGCAUCAGGAGAUGUCAAGAUGCAAUAGCGAAGAUAAAGUGGGAGGGGCACAUGCCUGUUAGCCUGUAUGAUCAAAAGUAGCAAAAACAACAACAACAACAAAGAAGAUGAAAGAAAGAAAAGAAGAUAAAAGAAUCAUUUGCUUGUUAGUUUGCAUUUUAUCAUAAAUCGGUCGAUGCCCCUCCCCCGACACCAGUGCCCCCUAAACAAAAUUAUACGGCACAGUAUAAACAGAAACCGUGACCAGUAGUACAACAAUAUUUGAUGCUGCCAUUGAAAAUGAUUAUAAAUUGUGAGCAUGAUCGCUUUGUGUGCCAAUGCACACCACCCAUGUUGUAUGCAUUAUUCAGUGUUACUUUCAAACUUGUGAUCUGAAUGUUUUUGGUUUGUUAGUGAGCCCAGAAAGAUGAUUUCAUCAUUUUCUCAAUACAAGCCUUGAUAGCUUGGAUUUGUAGAACAGGACAAGACGACGAGAAAAAGAAUAAAGAAUAAGAAAUUCAUCAUAUUUAUUGUCAUUCAAUUGAUUUUUUUCGAAAGUACAAUGAAGAUGUGAUCGUGUUCAGCUGCUGAAUGUUGUUGAAAUGAUUGAAAUUAGAGGACGUUGUUUUCUUACGUUUGUUUAUGGUCAUAUUUAAAAUAAAGAAUGUGUUGUGUGUUUUCUCCUUUGGCUUACAAGGGCACAGCUUUUCCCCCACUGUUUCAAGUACCGUCAAAAUGUGCCCCCUUUUAUUGCAGAUAAGUGACACUUUAAGGGGCUUUUUACUCUACUUUGACAAUUUGUCUAUUUUCCUUUAUCAUAAAUGCCCCUAUGUACAUCUGAUAAUUGACCCUUUAAGGGGCACUAAAACUUUAUGGUGCGUCAUUAUGAGGGAAAUCUGUGUACCAUAAUGGCCAGACUCGAGCAUGAAAAAGAUUGAUGUCCAAUGAUCUAUUAUCACAAUUAUCAUCUUCUUUCUCAUCACUCCACCAUCGUUACAGUCAUACCAUCAGCAGCACCACCAUCUUAACUGUCAGCCGUGUUCUGCAUAUAUCUGCACUCAUCAGAAUGAACAAAAUGAAAAAACCUUCACAAAUAUAUAUCCACAAGAAACGGAUCAGAAUUUAUUUGUCAUCUUCUUUGUGCAUAUUAUGUUCUACAUAAACAUACUAUUCAAUAUUUAUUACACUUCCAUAUAGUGUAAUAUUUUCAUAGUAUAGGAAUCUGUUCAGUUGUGUGUAUAAUCAUUCAGCCAGGCAUUCCUCGGAUAAUAGCCAAACAGCAGACCUUAAAGGGCUCUUACUUUAUUGUUUUGCAGCAUUUCACCUCUGCAAAAUGUCAACAAUUACAUAUGUUCAGUAAUUCUGUUUCCGCUCUAAUAUCGUCACUUUUCCUUCCUUUAACCUACUUUUUCAAAAGAUUUGUCUUCUGUGUAAAAGAAAGCACAUUUGAUAUGUCUUUGCUUUAGAAUUAUUUCAGAGAUUUCUGCAAUACUUUGUCAUGUAACUACGAGUCUACUUUUACAUUGCUAAUGUGUACACUGUGAAAAGGGGAGAAUGAAUGAGCUGCCUUCUAAACAAAGUUAGAAAAAAAUAAUGUAUAUACAUGUAUUUAUUAUGAUCAUUAUUUUUAUAUAUGUACCUACUCAGAGGUAAUGGCAUAGUAAAGUAGAAAUACAACAAAUUCGAACGGAUUUAAAAUAUGGCACCAUCUGAAUAAUUCAAUUGAUUUGCUGGCUGAUUGUAGUCAAUCAGGUAACCGUACUAUAUUGCGUAUUCAUAAUUCAGUUCAUUACUUUAUUACUUUCCAAUCUGUCUGUUCUCUUGUAAUACCGGUACACGUUAUUUCAUACCAUAUCCUGGAAGCAAAGAGAGAAAAAGCUCUUAAAAAUACAAGGCGCAAGUAUGUAAAGGUUACAUACAUUACAUAAGCUCUGUGAAAUUGUUUGUGUCUGGACAGAUGUGUUUUCCCUCUGACAGUAAUUUGAAGGUCACAUACAACAUUUCAUCAUUUUUGUCACUCGUGUUGGACUAUAUCAUAAAUUACAAAUAUUUAUGAUGAUGUUUAGUGCUAUUUGAUUCAUAUUUUUCGUUAAAUCAAAAAGUGACAGCUUUAUUUUUGUUCUUUAGCAUCCGGAAACCCCCUUUCAUACGUACAAAUAACUUUUGAGAGGUGAGUACAUGUAUUUCAUAUAGACAUACCUUGAGCUGCCAAAAAAGAGUACUUUACAUUCAAAUAAAUCUUUUGUUUAAACUUGUAGGCAAUAAAUAUUUGUAGAAGAUAUUGAAUAAACUAUGCUCUAUGAAACUGAA